CAUUAGCAUGUCAUCCCCUCAAAGUCUUUCGGUGUCAUUUACGGUACGUUUCUCGCAAGAAGAGAAGAUCACCGGUGAAGAAGGUGAAACUGGCACUGAAGAGUCCGAGACCGGCAAGCUAUCAUCGACUGGAGCUCAGGAUGGUGCUCGACGAGAGACGCGCCAAUAUGUAAAUAGAGAAGGAAGUUUUGUGACAGGUUUUGAUGUCUCUACAGAGGGAGAGCGUCAAAAAAGGCUAGAUAGAGCAAAACGAUUUGGUGUUGCCGAGAAAGAAAAUCCAGAAUCUGGUUUGGAAGAACAAACGAAGAAAAACAAAUUGGAGAGAUACAAACAGAUUAUUGCCAACCUCCCGAAACCUGUUGGAAGUCUGAGGCUCGAAGCUGUCCAUGUUCAUGGUACUGAUAAGAUGAGCUCACAAGACAUGCUGUCGUAUUUUAGAGUGUACGGGCCAUCACACUUGGAGUGGAUAAACGACUCGUCGUGUAAUGUUGUGUGGGAAGACAGUAACAGCGCAAAGAGAACACUUUUGUCUGCCGGAGGAGAGAUUUUGUGUAAAGUUGUUGGUGGAGACAAUGAACUUCCUGAACAACAACAGGCAGAGAAAGACGCUGCAGGAGCAGAUGAAGUAGAUGAUCAGAUGAAUGAAGAUGGACAUAUUCUAAGCAAAGAAGAGUCUAUGUCUGAGCCUAUCAUUUGUCCAAUAUCCCCUGCUGUUCAAGAAGACUCAACUGACACUCCAGGAGAGAAAGACGAUGCUUGCCUUUCCUCAAAACAAGCUGAUUCAUCUAGUGACAUGCAGCCAGAACCUGCAGACAGCAAAGAGAGCACGGACUUUUGGUGGUUAGGACAGCCACAUCCCAAGGCCAAGUUUUUGUUUCUUAGACAAGCAAGAACUGGUGAUAAGAAAGUAGUCGGUGCAGCUAAGCAGAGUAGAUACUAUCUUCUUCAUGGUAAUCCCAACAAACCAGGCAAUCCAAUAGGAGUGUCUACCAAAGACCUUAGAAAAAGAAAAAGAAAACGAAAGAGACAGAAAGAUGGAGGCACUGUUGUUGAGAUAAUGGAAGUCGAAGAGGAAAGCAAUUCAGAAACAGAACGAGACGUAGUCUCAGAAACUGCAUUUAAACAUGGCAGUAAACGUCUUUCUGGUUUGCGCAUGGAUGCAGAUGAUGUAGAAAGAGGGAUCGAUAGUGUUCCCAUGGAAGUAGAUUCAUCCUGUCAUUCUGUACCUUCUGAUCUUCCUAAAGAUGACCUACGACACAAAUUGGGUAAGCACACUCCGUCUAAAGAUCUUUCACACAAAACAGCUACUGCGGCUGAUGAUCUUCGACACACAUUGGGUACUCCAGCUGAUGAUCUGCGGCAUGAGUUAGGGGCGCCUGUUGAUCUCCGACUGAAAUUGCAGCAGAGAAAACAAAUACCAGCAUGAAGAGGUGAGAUUAUGGUACAAAAUUGUAUUGGCAAGGACAACACAACAGUGACAGAGACGUUGAGAUUAUGCAGUUUUGUGUAUUGUGUACAAAUAAUAUAAUAUUGUGAUUUUCGUCUAAACACGCGAUUGCUUUUGUUUGUACGUAUACUGCAUCGGCCAUAGUUUCUUACAUUAAAUCUAUAGUAAAAAAACUGAUGUAGAAGAGAACUGGCUGUUGUGAGAUAAAACAACACAAAUUGAAUUAAUCAUGCA